UUUCCUUGAUGCGCUCGUAGGGAACGCUAACGCUAGCUAGAACUGAGCAAGCUUUUUUUUUUUAGCCUACAUCCGGUUUAUCUUGACUAUUUACCCGCUUGCUUGACGCAUCGCCGCAACAUAGAUAUGGUUGUAGAUUAGAUGUGGGUAAUAAGAAAUCUGUGCUGGUAGCUAACGUUUCACAGCUGUUGCCAGUACCGGGCGGAAAGGAGGCGCCUUCUUCGGCUGCAGGAUAACAGAACUGUCGGCAGAUUCUGAAGACUUUAAGGAGUUUAGACUGUGGGUUAUUGUCGGUUUUGGACGGUAUCCGAAGACCAUGUCCUCGUCUAAAUAGCCUCGGUGGAGGUCGAGGAUGGCCGUAAACGUGAAUAAAAGAAUCGCAGAGAAUGAGAGCAGAACUUCGCCGCAAGAUGGGCAUCGCACUCCGGGCUCUGGAUCCUGGAUCUCCAGAGGGAUGUGGAGCCUGCUGAUAGUCGGUGCUGUCCCUCUUCUCGCUCUUGGGAUCAAGUAUUACCAAGAUUCCCAGCUCUUCAAGCGUCAUGAUGAGAGUGUCCGAACUCUGGGCGCCGAGGGGCUUUUUCUUUUCUCCUCCUUAGACACAGACCACGACUUCUAUCUCAGUCCAGAAGAGUUCAGACCUAUUGCUGAGAAACUUACAGGGGUUACACCUCCAGUGGAUUUUGAAGAAGACGUGACCUAUGACCCCAACGGAGAGAGUUUGACCUUGGAGGCCAAAAUGCAGCCUCUGCUGCUUGACUCCAUGACAAAAAGCAAGGAUGGUUUCCUUGGAGUUUCUCGCAGCUCUCUGAGCGGGCUGCGUUCAUGGCAGAGCCCAGCAGUGCCUUCUUCAUCCUUCUCUGCCAGACAGUUCGGGGUUUUCUUGCCCCCGAAGAACAAAGUCGAAGUGGGAGACACGUGGUGGGUGAUUCCUAGCGAGCUCAGCAUCUUCACUGGGUAUCUGCCUAACAAUCGUUACCAUCCGCCCACACCAAAAGGCAAAGAGGUUCUCAUCCACUCCUUGCUGAGUAUGUUCCACCCUCGACCCUUCAUCAAAUCACGUUUUGCUCCUCAGGGCACAGUCGCCUGCAUUCGUGCCAGCAAUGACUUUUAUUAUGACAUUGUCUUCAGGAUUCAUGCUGAAUUCCAGCUCAAUAAUGUUCCAGACUUUCCCUUCUGGUUCACCCCAGGCCAGUUCACUGGUAACAUUGUCCUAUCUAAAGAUACAUCCCAUGUCCGCCACUUUCAUCUCUAUGUCCCCAAUGACAGGUCUCUGAAUGUGGACAUGGAGUGGCUGUACGGGGCCAGCGAGAGCAGCAACAUGGAGGUGGACAUCGGAUAUUUACCUCAGUUAGAGCUGCAGUCCACCAGCCCGUCCACUCCCUCCAUCAUCACGGAUGAGGAGGGCAACAUCAUUGACAGGCGAGACGGCAACAGUGAGCCAAUCCAGUUUGUCUUUGAGGACAUCCACUGGACCUCAGAGAUCAGUCAUCAAGAAGCGGCUCGACGCCUCGAGGUGACCUUCUACCCCUUCAAGAAGGUGUCUUACCUGCCUUUUUCAGAGGCCUUUGAGCGAGCUGAAGCAGAGAAAAAGCUGGUGCAUUCCAUUCUGCUUUGGGGAGCAUUAGAUGACCAGUCUUGCUGAGGUUCGGGGCGAACUCUCCGGGAGACUGUCCUGGAAAGUUCGCCCGUCCUGGCCUUGCUCAACCAGAGCUUCAUCAGCAGCUGGUCUCUGGUCAAGGAGCUGGAGAACAUGCAGGCUGAUGAGCAGAGCCCUGUGUUGAGUGAAAAGGCCCGUUUACAUCUGGAGAAGUACAGCUUCCCUGUGGAGAUGAUGGUGGCACUGCCAAAUGGAACCAUUGUCCACCACAUCAAUGCCAACUUCUUCCUAGACCAGACGGCCAUGAAACCAGAGGAGGAUGGGGCACCUUUCAGCUUCUCUGGGGGGUUUGAGGACCCUUCCACAUCCACUUAUAUCAGCUUCCUGAAAGAGGGCUUGAAGAAGGCCAAGGAGUACCUGGCAUAGUAAUGUGUGAGUGACAGAACUUGUGAAAAUGAUAAUCAUUCCUCCUACAAUUAUGUAGAAAAGCUUUCUUACCUAUGUUGGCAACUAA